AUGACAUUGACUAUCAAGAUAGGAACCCUAAAUGAUAGUGAUCAAUCUGCAGUAAAUGAUGGUACAGAAAAUGGCUCUGAUUCUCGAAAGGUAAUUCCCACCGAGGAAGAGAUCUGUGAUGACGUAGUUUUGCUAUGGAAAGAAGAGCCCGGGACUGAAGAUGCUACGAUUCGGCAUCUUUAUGACAGAAUUGAAGAGAGAAAUCGAACGUGGAAAUUGAGUGCCUCUCGUUUUCGGAAAAUUUUGAAUGAGCACCAUCUUUACGACACAGAUCUAGAGACCGUGUCACUAUAUAAAGAUAGCAUACAUUUCCCUAAAGCCCUAGAUUCUGACACCAAGGUUGAAGUAAAAUUUAUUGAUGACGAACAUGGUAGGGGCCUUUUCGCAAAAAAGGAUUUUUCCAAGGGCCAAAUCAUCCUAAAGGAAAAUAAACCCAUCGUGUAUGUUCCACCAUUGGACAAGCUUUUUUUCAUAUCUAAUGGAAAGGCAUGUGCUCGAUGUGGUAAGGCGCUAUACGAUUUGACCCAGCACAAAAUCAUGGUCCAUUAUUUGGAUUGUGAAGUCUGUAAGGCAAUUUGGUGCAGUGAAAAAUGUAAAAAAGCACAUGCAUCGUUACAUGAGCUCCUAUACCAUUCAUGGAGAUCAAAUAGAAUAGAUAUUCUUCAUGCAGGUAAUUGGAAAAGAUUCGUUAACUAUUGUGAGAAAUAUUGUUUUACUGCUGCCUUUUCCGUUGGUCUUAUAUAUGGAUCCAUGCUUUUAGAUACGGCAGGAGAGGUGAAAGAGCAAUGGGAAAAAUUGGCAAGUGUCUCACAAAGGGAAAGAAUUAAAUUAAGAGACGCCAGCGGUAUCGGCAGUACGUUCAAUCUAAUGAACGGUACAACUGUACAUACUGAAGAGGGAUCUGAUAAUGGCGCCAAAAAGGGCGUCGAGAAGAAUAUUGAUGACGAGACUGUUUGGGAGAAGUGUUAUGAAUUAUUUUGCGGCGCAUUUCCAAAAGCUUCUGAAGAAGUAGAUUUGGAAAAAUUUUUGAUCAUGAUCGGGACGUUCAAUAUCAAUCAAUAUAAUGGCCAGAUAUAUCAUUGGAUCUCUUUUAUAAAUCACGAUUGUGAACCAAAUGCCUAUAUCGAGCAAGUUGAGGAACAUGAGGAACUGAAGUUACAUGCAAGAAAAUCAGUAAAGAAGGGCGAAGAAAUACGUAUUACGUACGUUAAUCCUUUACAUGGGGUCCGGUUGAGGCGUAGAGAAUUAAGAGUUAACUGGGGAUUCUUAUGCCAAUGUGACCGCUGUCAAAAUGAGCUGUCUACCUUCGAAAGAGUCCCAAAUUUGGAGAAAAAGAACGCGGAUGCUAAUUUAACUGUAGAAAAAGUUGAUUCCAAUGACAGUGGUGAAGACGGUUCCAAAAAAUCAACUGGCAAUCGUAAAUCUUCUAUGAGGGAAGCCCAACCUGAUUUAAAGGAGAUACUUAAAAACGGAAAAGAAUUUGAAUUGGACAUACCAGAAACGGUUGAUACACAAGGUAAUGUAAGAAAAACUUCAGUUAGAUUUGACUCAAACGUUUCAGUUGCAGUGGAGGAAAGAUAA